AUGGUGUCAGGUCCUGCUGUACCGGUUUUUGGAUUUUGGAUUUUGGACUUGGACGGGCCUGAUGGGAGUUCUACCUGUACUUCACAAUACAUUACAUACAACAAUAUCGAGAAAAAUCCAACCAUGAAGAUCUCGACAUCCCUUAUCACUUGCUUCUUGCUCUCCAGUGCUUCGGCCUUUGCACCCAAGUCCAUUGUCAGUCAGAAACAGGGCAAUGUGAUCAGCAGUGCUGCUACCCCCACAACCGCUCUGUUUAUGGCAGAAGAAACAGAAGCAGAGGAAAUUGAACGUCUCGUCCAAGAGGAACUGCGCAAGACCAAGCGCAUGAGUAACUUGAGAAAUGAAAAGGGUGUGGAUUAUGCUCCCUGGAUGAACAUUAGUGAAGAAGAUGAAAAACAAAUUCGACAACUCAUGGCCGAAAAGGCCGCCGCUCGUCGCAAGCGACAGGAACAAGAGCGAACCGUCUCGGGAGCCUUGCUCAUGGACAGUCAAGCACAAGAGCUAAGUGGAGGUGGUCUCAAACCCAAAAUUAUUGGAGAAGAUAUCCAAUUGGAAUGGGCAACCAGUCGAGAAGCCAACACCAAAUGCUUUAAACUCAAGCGUCGUGCCGCCAAGACUAACGAUUUCCAGACUAUUGCCGAAUUGCCCAGUCAGGGACUCGGAGGUGGCGUGUACUCCUUUUUUGACGAUCAAGCGGGACCUGGAGGUUGGGUAUACCGUGUCACCGAAGUGGAAAACAAUGGACGUGAAAGUGAUAUUUCUCAGUGUUUGGUGGAAGUGCAAACAAAGGAAGAACAACGGGGUGCUGUCAUUGCGGCCGGUGGAAUUGCCGUUCUGAUGGCUGGAUUGUUGGCGGCAGGAGUCCUCCUGGAUCCCAAUGGUGGAUACUAA